GCCCUGUAUGGGGUGUGUAUGUGCGUGCGCAUGUGUUUUCUGGGAAUAUUGUGAAGUUGUGUUCAGUCAGUCACGUCAUGCAGCUCGACUUUCAAAUUUAGAAUAUUACAAAUGGCACAACAAUUAUGAAUUGUUUGAUGCGCUCUGCCUCUGUAUUUUCCACAUACUGUGAGAAAUAAAAGGGAUCCUGGAUGGACCUGGGUGAUAACAGCUGGUCCAUGGUCAAGCGCGAAGUGUCCAGCAGCAGCCCAGGGUCUCCGGCUGAGCAGAGCUACCUGAACACUGACCGCAGGGACCGGCUGAGAUCACCGGCGCCGACUCACCUGGACGCGGUGGGAACGCGUCGCACCGAGGGCAGGCCCCUACACUCCUACGUCCACUUUGGGCAUCCCAACAACGCCCUGCCCAAUUCUGACGACGUUACACUAUUCACGGAUUUAGACCAGGGCAACAAACUCAUCAUCUCAGGUGGGCACACCAGGGAGACGCAUAAGGGAGGCUUAAUUGUGGACCCUACCGACAUGUAUCAGACCCUGGCCAUCGCCGCGGCCCAGAGUCAGGCCGGUUAUAACGACACGCCAUCGGCCGGUUACAUGCACUCCAACCCUAAUUCCCCCGUUUAUGUGCCGACGUCUCGAGUUGGAACGAUGAUACCGAGUUUGUCCUACCUACAACCCAGCGUUUCAUCGCAGCCGAGUCAUGCGGUCAGCAGUCAUUCGGUGUGGUCACAGUCCGCCCCAGAGAGCCCAUCCUACAGCACUGGAAGCCCACAUACCUCCAACCGUUUCCACUACUCCCCCAGUCCGCCUAUGAAUAACGGCACAUCGAGGGAUGCCAGCUAUACUAAUCCUCUGAAUGUAAACAGUCGAGACCAGUACCUUUCACGGCCGAUAAGUGGAUCUUACACAAGCCCGUAUCCUCCGUAUGUUGCACCGCAGCUAUCACAGUUACCGGCGGCAUGGCCCGCGGGGCCCUUCGAGAACUCCAUGCUGCAUUCCCUGCAGUCCAGAAGCGCACCGCUGUCUAUCAGGGGACCAAACGGAGAUUUGCUGGAGGACAUGAUGGAGAGCCGCGAGUGCGUCAACUGCGGCUCCAUUUCCACCCCGCUGUGGAGACGCGACGGCACGGGUCACUUUCUCUGUAACGCCUGCGGUCUGUACAGCAAAAUGAAUGGACUCAGCCGACCAUUAAUUAAACCUCAGAAGCGUAUGUCGUCUUCAAGGCGGAUUGGCCUGUCAUGCGCGAACUGCCAGACCAGCACUACAACACUGUGGCGCAGAAACGCAGACGGAGAACCCGUGUGCAACGCGUGUGGACUUUACACAAAAUUGCAUGGGGUGCCCAGGCCCCUUGCCAUGAAGAAAGAAGGUAUUCAGACAAGGAAAAGAAAACCAAAAACCUUGAACAAAACAAAGGGAUCAUCUGGAAGUAGUUCUGUCCCCAUGACUCCAACUUCUUCGUCGUCUUCUAAUUCAGAGGAGUGCACAAAGAACAGUCCUUCAUCGACGCAGGUGCCUGUAACAUCAGUCAACUCUUCGACGCUGGUGGGCCAAGUCGAUGUUCCCGGCACGACGGGCUCCAUGGUGAAAUACCCCGGCCAGGAGAGUCUGUACACGAAUGUAGGCCUGACGUCCACGGCUGACGUGGCAACCUCCGUGAGAGGGGACACUUGGUGCCCCAUGGCCUUGGCCUAAACCCUGGCAUUAUGGGCUGGAAGCCAUCUGCUGUCCUUCAGCUCUCCAGAACGUCCCUUAAAAUCUGGCAGGGUGUGGGGUGUCAUCUGUUUUUGGUCUGUGUUAGUGAUCUUGAGCAGAGGCUUGAUCUGUUCCAAAUACUCCCGUUUUUGUUUGACCCGUGGAAUACUGGACAUCCACGAUGGAGAUUAUCUUUGCUACUCUGCACUAGAGGACGACACUUGAGAGCGUCUGCUUUAACACGCCUUUGGUACUUUCAGAGCACACCCUGCACCAUGAAUGUUGUUCGGAGGAGUAAGUGGAUCAAAAAUGAUUUUUUUUUGAAAGUAGAGUUGUACAUAUUAAUGCUAACGGAUACUUCGCCCAUCUGGAAAGACGAGGUUGUUGAUUGGAUUGUGGUGAUCUGAAGAGAAAAUGGUUGAUCUGUCUGAAACUGGAAUUGAAGAUAAAGUGUCAAGGUGUUCUUAUUGAUGAAUGCAAACAUAUUUAUAAAGCUACGGUUGUUCAAAUAAUGCAUAUAUUUGUCAAUAAAGAUAAUGUCAAAUAGAGUAGGACUGAAGCCUUGCCCUUCCUUUGAUAUCUUUAGUUUCAAGCAUGAUGCUGUUGCAGUGGAUGUUGCUCACUAAUCUGCACACCUUCUAUGUGAAAUUUAAUCGGAAGAAAACGAGAAAGAAAAAAAAAGCUCUUAGAAGACUGAACUGUUUUGUGAUGGUUUAACACAGGGUAUCAAAGAUCACAGGAACUCACAUGAGACUUGUAGUGUUUUGUUCGAUUACACAUUUUCCUAGAGCUCACUAUCAAAUGAAAAUGGUCUAAUCAGAAUUCAUAGUAAAGAAAAUUAGUUUGUUUUUUUGAACCUAUGUGGAGAUAUCCAGCUGGAGUAAAUCAUGAGCAAAGCAUAAAGCAUAAAUAAAAUGACCUUCAUAUCUCUGUUAGAACAAACGGCACUCAGGAUUUCUUUUCUGAUGCAUUUUUUGUUACAAUAUAAAACUGCAAAAAACGUUUUGCUGCAAUGAUUUUGGAUGUAAUACUACCUAACGUAUGACAUUGAUGUGUGAAUAUCAGUGCAUUUUGUUGUUUAUUUUUAUUUUAUUUUUUUUUUACUUUCAGCGUGAUACACGUCUGUGGUCACUGCUUUAGCUGAUGAAGGGACAAUGUUAAAUCUGGAUCUCGCUUUCACAAUAUGUUGAAUGUUUUAGAGAGAGUAAUGUGAGCCAGAAUCAAUCAGUAGUGAACGUUUCUUGUGAGUUACUAUCUAAAGCACAAACAUAAUGCACAAUGACAGCAAUUAAUGAGCUAUCUAAAGAGUUUCAUUCACUGAUGAAAGAGUCAGUCUCAAGUGGUUGUGGUGUCCAUGAUUUACUGCCUCUGAUCUGUUAAACAGUUACCCAACUACAAGUUUCCCAUGUAAACAUCUUAUGGCUUUGAAAUCUAGAAGAGCCUUCUUCAAAUGAUUACUCCUUAGAGCAGCAGAGUAAUUCCUUGAAAGUGACAUUUUUGGACAAGCUUUUUGUGUCAUAGAGACAAUGUGUGAACAACACAAGAAACAUUUUGCUAUCAUUGUGAUUCUCCACCCUUAUAACCUCUAGAGUUAUUUAUUUCUGCAAUGUAGUGUGUUUGUUAGAGGUAUUUGUUUAUUUUAUUUGAAUUAACGUAUUUGUAUUUUACGGUUGUUGUUUUUUUUUUUUUUCGCCAUAAUUUCAGUUCCAAAUUAUUUCAAUUAUUGCCAUCUGGGUUAAACAGAUUUAUUUGUUAUGGUUUUGUCUGGAAAUGAUUCAAAUUAUAUGUUUAAUUGCAAAGUGUGUUUUCCUUCUUUUUUGUAGAUUUUAAGGUUCAAACCUUUCAUUUCGUACUCAUCACAUAAACCACUGGAACCACAUCAUUUGUACUAAUGAUAACUUAAUCAAAAUGAUUUUCCGUUUUCAUUGUCAUCACCAGUCAUGAAGCAAAUUUUUAUGGUAAAAAUGUUCUUAAACCACUGACUCUCCCUAUUGUUUUCCAGUGAACAGAGUAUUAAGAAGGCUGUCAUUGUUGGAUUUUUUUUUUUUUUGUAUUUUUAUUUUUAUUUUUCCAUCAGAUUAGUUCAUUAACACUGGAACAAUAAAUAAGAGCCAUGACUAAAGUGGUUGUUUUUCCCUUCCCUUAUUUUUGUUGCAUUCAAGUUGUUUUAAUUUAAUCAAGUAUUAAUCAAUAUUGUUAAUUUGAUUUUCGAGUCAUGCUUUACCACUCACAGGCCAGCUGUUUGCUUUGUUUGAUUGUUUUGUUUGUUGGUACGUUGGCGCAAAUUAAAAACUUGAAAUUUGUUUUUCAAUAAUAGUCACUUUUUCAGAUAUAUUUUUUAUUUCUUUUGUUUCUGUUAUUAUAAUCGCAUUAGUUUAGUUCAUGAACGAUAGCCUACACAUUAUCACAAUAUUGACCUAAAAUGGCCAGAUUUGAAUUUGGAUCAGUAAUGAACAUUAUCAAUGUUAAAAUGAAAUAUUGCGUGACAUGUUUCUAGUGCAUCUGAAGACUUCUUAAGCCAGAGCCCAGCCCAAAUGAAUUAUUGGUUUAUGUGAACUCUUGACAUUUGAAUGUGCUGAUCUUUGCCUCAGGGUUGCACUUUGAUUUACGACUGAUUGAUGACGUCUCGGCUCCAAUAGAAUGCAGCUCUCUGAUGUAAUUUCUUGUGCUGUUUGUGAUUCUGGUGAAUCAAACCAUUAGACAGCAUGCAAAUUUGACACACUGAUACACCAUGUUGACAACAUUUCAUUUGCUCGCGAUCACUGAAAGGAAUCUAUGCGGAAAGAACAGAGACCCAGAACCAGUUGUUGUAUUGUUUCUUUGUCAUAAACGUCUUUUUUGCAGUACAUCCAGUAUAAAUGUUCAUCACAUUUGUUUCAAAUCUUUCUUUACAUUGUUUCAAAUUCUGUUAAUGUUUCGGUUGUGUCUAAAAUCGUAAAUCACCUUGUCUGUUUGUUGGUUGCAACACCAUAACACCAGCCCAGACUAGUAUUUCCACAGAGCAAAAGUUGCUCCCUGCUGCCCUUUUGAACUACAUUUGCCCUCUUUGCUUCAGAGAGAAGUACCAGCCACAACAUAAAGCUCAAUAACUCAGAAACACACUCCAUUAAUAACAGCUUUGGCACAGCCCAACAGAAUUCACUUAGACUGCAGUAACGUCACAUUACAUUCCAGCUCCCCUCUCCUGUCACCUACCGCUCCAGCGUUGAUUAAGAUUUAUUCUUAUGCAUUCUGGUUAUCUGCCCAGGGUGUAUGACAUAUUGCUGUGAGGUUUAUUGGGGGCUGGGAUCUGUGAAGGAUUUCAGCAAAUUCUUCUCUUUGUGAUUGAGGGCUGGGAGUGGCAAUCUGUGCCAAGACGCUCCACGCAAGUGCGGUUCUAGAGGUACAAGUUGGUAUUGCAUAUCCGACUGCUUCUUUCAAUGUAUCUGUAAUACCAGAACAACACACUGCAAAACAAAUCCUAUUAUUAUUAAUGGGUAUUUUGCCUAUGUAUAUGUAUAUGAGUAAAUGACAGUGUAUGUCUCAGUUUUUGUCCAUUUUUAUCUAAAGUGCCAAGUGUAAAUAUCUAAAAAUAUACAUUUAGUGGAGAAGAAGCAUUGCUAAAGACCUGUUUUCAGAAACAUCCAAUACAAAGUUACAUUUUGUCUUACUACAAUGGAAGAUUUUUAUUUGCUUGUUUUAUGUGUAAACAAGUAAAGACAGGUAGUAGAUAGACAAAACAAACAGUAAAAAGGCAGUAUGAAAACCUAAUGUAAAAAGCAAUGCUACUUCUCAAGUAAAUUGAUCAUGUUUUGAACAUUUUUAGAUAUUUUUACUGAUAUUUAAUUAUUUACUUUUUUUUUUUUUUUUGCAGUCCAGAGCUCAAUUUUUAUUUUAUUUUUAUCCAUGGGAUGACGCUUGAGACAUUUAGUGGGGUUAUUUGUUUACAGUUUAUUAAUUAUCUCUCUCUCUCUGAGAAAGAGUGUUAUACACUUUAAUUUUUUUUUUUUUUUAGUAAGUUUUUUUUUAAGUAAGUAAUUAGAGAAAUAAUCUGGGGAUUGUCCUGAUAUGGUAUUUGUGUACUAAUAAAAAUGGGAAUAUGGUUCAUUGUGAAAGAAAAAAAAAUUAUGAUUUUAGCUUUAAAAUACUAUAAAAAUCCUACUCUUAAAAAAUGCUGUGUGAUUUACUUUCAUUUCACUUAAAAUUGGUUGUACAUUUUACAAAUAAUUGCAAAGAAAGUGAAAUUUUGAAAUAGAAAGACUGAAAAUGUAUUUUCUUGUAAAAUGUGUUGCAAUAAUCUUUGUUUUAUUUACAACUUUACAGUGUACAGUAAAAAUGUUAAUUGGUUAAUGGUAAGUUCCCUUACUCUGUAAGAUGAACUAUAUAGAUCUAACAGGACAUUUCAUGGAAUUUUGUGUAUGACAAUGUGCAUCUUCUAUAUAUUGGUAUUUACCCUCAUCUUGUGGAUUCAUCACAUUGCUUUCUCACUACCACCUGUGUUUUUAAGGUUGUGUCAUUAUAAAGGUAAAAAUGCAUUUUAGUAAUUUGGUAUAUUAACAUUAUUUCCACAAAAAAGUAUACAUUUUUUUAUUACUGUACAUUUAAUUUGAAUUUUUACAACUUAAAAUGUUGCUCUCAUUUUUUUGCUGUGAAUUUCUUGCACCCACAGCUACUGUUUUUACUGUAAAUAUGGCUUUCAACUUAUCAAUACCAAAGAAUAUUUUUUAUUUCAACCCACAGCUUCUGUUGAAGUAUUGUGAGGUCUUCACAAUACCAAACAUGCUCUGAAUAUUUCUUUGUCUGUGAACUUGUGUACUGGUGUGUUUAA